AUGACGGUCGCAGAAAUUUUGCGACACAGAAUUCAAGUCAUGGAGACGUUGGAGUACAUGAAGUCCCGCUCGCAGUGCGCGCACAGAGUGUACAAACACGUGUGCUUUAUCGAUCUGGACGGCGUCACGCUUAGUUAUUUUACGGGUGAGGUGAAAAAGUUCAUGACGGAACUCGUCAAGCUCUUGACGCAUCGAUACACGGAUUCUUUGCACCUGAUGUAUCUCGUCAACACACCCGUGAUUUUUCGCGUCAUAUGGUCCGUUCUCGCGCCGUUGCUGUCGACGACGACCAAGUCGAAAAUUUUCAUGUUCGGCGUCGGUCCCAACCAAAGCCGCAAAUUGGCGAAACAGCUCGCGAAGCACGGAAUAUCGAACAGCGCCGCGCCGCGAUGCGCGGGCGGUGCCAGUGAGGGUGUGCGCAUGGAUGCGUACAUCAAGGAUGCGAUCGAGCUCAGAAAGCGUCUCGUUGUCGCGGUGAAAUGA